UGGGUUCUUUUUAUUUAUUUAUUGAGAUGGAUGAUUUUGUGAUUUUAAAGUUGUCUUUUUUAUUGAUAAGAAAAUUGUAGACUUUGUCUGAAGCUUAUCUGUUUGCUUGAUCAAAUUUUUUCUGAGGGAAUUUUGGUGGUGUUCAAACUUAUUGAUAAAACAUGGGUUCUGAGACACCAGCCCCAUUGGUUGAGAAAACAAAUGCUGCAGUGGAGACAGCUGUUGGCAGGUCUUGUGCUCCGAAGACCAAGGUUCCCAAAAGAAUUCACAAGGCUGAGAAGGAGAAGCUCAAGCGCGAGCAUUUGAAUGAGCUCUUUCUUGACCUGGCGAAUGCUCUUGAUCCGAAUCAGCAGAAUAUUGGGAAGGCCUCUAUUCUGUGUGAAACAACUCGACUAUUAAAGGACUUGUUCAGUCAAAUUGAGUCCCUCAAAAAGGAGAAUGCUUCUUUGCUAUCCGAAUCUCACUAUGUGAACGUUGAGACAGCUGAACUGAAGGAGGAGAAUUCCACCCUGGAAACUCAAAUUCAGAAGCUGCAAAGUGAGAUAGGGACAAGGGAGGUCCAAUCUAAACCUGACCUGAAUGAACCACCACCUGACUUUCAGCAAACAGAAUUGUCAACCCAUUUUCAUGGAGAUCAUCCUGGUUUGCCCGCUGUAGAACCUUGUCUGCAACAAGCAUCUGCUCUCCUUGUUGUUCCCAUUCGUCCCGAAAUCCAGGCUUAUCCUGUACCUGAUUCCACACAAUCUGCCACGAAGCCUAACUCUAUUGUCAGCAAACCACAUGCUCGGUAUCCCACCCUGGCAGAUUCAUGGCCAUCUCAACUUCUUGGGGAGCAGUCAGCAAUUAGGAAUGAGUGUCAACUUAAUGAUAGAAACCCAUCCAACUUGUAAAUUUUACUGCAAAAUUUUGAACCUUUGCUUUGGGUUAAAUCAGGAUGACCACCCAUUUGAAGAUGCAAUUGUUAUAAAAAGUUAUGCCAGUGGCAGUUUUGAAAGCCAAAUGAUGUUGUAGUGCGGUGUGAUUUUGGUCGAAUAGUCGCUUGAGUACGAGGUUUCAUUUCACCAGCGUAGCA